CAGUUUGUCCCAGAAGAGGUUCCGUAGCUCUGCGGAAAAGUUACUGGUCUCACUCGGCUACGUUAUUGACCAGUUUAGCGCCAAAGCGUUCGCACACAUAUAAUAGGACAAUCAAUGCAAUGCUGAAAAUAAUUGUCUCUGGUUUGUAGUCAUGGUGUAAUCAAGUUUUUAUUUCACGCCGAAGGGUAUUUCGCGUGACCUACCAAAACGUAGCAGGCUAGUGUGCAGCGGCUAGCUAGCUAAGCUAACUGGUGGCGCUAACGUCAACAUCGCAGGCAAAUUGACAACAAACGCAGUGUUUGGUGUAAAAACUAUUGGUCGUCCCUCGGUCUGAUAAUUAGAGCAGCAGCAGCGCCGCAAUGAACAUCGCUAAAAGUGGCUAUCGCGUUUUCUCCGCAAACUCCUCCGCAGCCUGCACAGAGUUGGCCAAGAAGAUAACGGAACGGCUGGGAGUUGAACUGGGGAAGUCUGUGGUCUUUCAGGAAUCCAACAGAGAGACUAGAGUAGAUGUCAAAGAGUCUGUUCGUGGACAAACUAUCUUCAUUAUACAGACUAUACCAAGAGAUGUCAACACAGCCAUUAUGGAGCUACUUGUCAUGGCCUACGCUCUCAAGACCUCCUGUGCAAAGAACAUCAUUGGCGUCAUUCCCUACUUCCCAUACAGCAAGCAGUGCAAGAUGAGGAAGAGAGGCUCAAUCGUGUGCAAGUUGUUAGCGUCCAUGUUGGCUAAAGCAGGAUUAACACACAUCAUUACUAUGGACUUGCAUCAGAAGGAGAUCCAGGGCUUCUUCAGCUUUCCAGUGGAUAACUUGCGUGCCUCUCCUUUUUUGAUUCAGUACAUUCAAGAAGAGAUUCCUAAUUACAGAAAUGCCAUAAUUGUCGCAAAAUCUCCUGCAGCAGCUAAAAGGGCUCAGUCCUACGCAGAGCGCCUGCGUCUGGGUCUGGCUGUGAUUCAUGGCGAGGCUCAGUGUUCAGAAUCUGACAUGGCUGAUGGAAGGCACUCCCCACCCUCUGUACGCAACACCACAGGACACACUGGACUGGAGCUACCUUCAGGCAAACAACAAGCGCCGUUCCCUGGCAUAGAGCUCCCAAUAAUGAUGGCCAAGGAGAAACCUCCCAUCACUGUAGUCGGAGACGUGGGAGGGAGAAUCGCCAUCAUUGUGGAUGACAUUAUAGAUGACGUAGGAGACUUUGUUGCUGCUGCAGAGAUCCUGAAGGAAAGAGGAGCUUAUAAAAUUUACAUCAUGGCCACUCACGGUUUACUGUCUGCUGAUGCCCCGCGCCUCAUCGAGGAGUCUGCCAUCGAUGAGGUGGUGGUCACAAACACAGUUCCCCACGAAGUCCAGAAGCUGCAGUGUCCCAAAAUAAAGACUGUGGACGUGAGCAUGAUCCUGGCUGAGGCUAUUCGCCGCAUUCACAACGGGGAGUCCAUGGCCUACCUGUUCCGCAACAUCACCGUGGACGACUAGACGCGGUCCGAGUGGAGGUUUGUCUUCAGCUCUGACAGCGGGUGGACUUCACCUGCGUGCUGUCAAAACAUGCUAAUGCCACGUCUCAUGUAUGUAUGUCAGGAUUAGAUGGUUAUUAUUGUAAUUUAAGAAUGACAAACUAUUUAUCUUCCCUCAAAAGCUCUAAAACCGUGUGUAUUUUGAUCAGUAGAGGAACGCGUCAGGUUCUUAUCGUGUAUAACUCGAGUGUCUGGGAGCCGUGACACAUUGAGUUACGACUUGGCACCUUGGAUUUUUCUUGUCUUGCUCCUCUUGUUUAUUGCCAAAGGUGAACAAAAGAUGCUUCAUAUAAGUGAUUUUGUAAUGAUAAAAGGGAUAAAGUCGUGUCUAGUAAUGGGCAGGACGCUUCUAGACCCUCAGCCUCCUGCUCACUGGUGCGUCUAUAUAACCGUUGUUAUGCUGCUGUGUCACAUCAUCAGAGGUAGAAAUCAUUAAACACUACAACAGAAAUAGGUUUAACUACAGGAAGAGGGUGAAUACAAUCGGUCUGAUUCAGCCUGAGUAGUUAAAGCCUUGGUGUUGAAUGUUCUGCUUCCCUGACGGCAGACGGCCUGACGUUACUGACUCUCAGCUGUUCAUUGAUCUGCAUCCGUCUGACCCUUCAGCAUGCGUCUGUUACUCUUCAUUCUAUGGGGACAGUGACUCCUAUCUCACAUUACACAUGUCCACAGCUUCAGGACCUUUUAGCCAGUUUACUGCAAACCAGAGAUUUUACAUUAAUGCCACCUGUUUUUAAAGCACACUGUAAUCGUCAGCGUCACCUGCUGAUGUGACUGAGAUGAAGAAAGUCGGCCGUGCUCUGGGGGGAAACGUUGCACUUACUUCUCACAUUCUUUUACUUGCACAUUGUUUUUAAUUUGUGUUCAAAUCUGACUAUGUUUUUGUUUUUGAUUGUGAAUCGUUGAUGAAGGAGGCCAAAGCCUUGAGUAUUAACCCAGCACUACGAUGCUUGUGACCAGUAGACACUGAAUGCAUUCAUCUGAUGAGCAGCGUGACCCCGCAGCGGUGUCGUCACCGUCCUUCAGCAUCUACUACAGCGUCCAGCAGACGUGCAAUAAAAGGAAUGAAGCGUGCCCUGUAAUAAACGUGAAAGUUUAGAGUAGAAUGGCAAAAACACAUGAAGCCUGGUUCCGGGCGGCUGUGACGUCCCUGCGUUGGUUCCCUCUGACGCCCAAAGGGAACUUAGUGUAUUUCUGCGCUAUUUGAGCCUUUUGCUCAGGGAAAUAUGCUUAAGGAACCACUGCACAGUCCUCGUUUCAUCCCCUGGCGUGUUCCUGUUCGCUGAGGACGUCUUCCACCUGUAGCUCCACACCUGAUGCUUGUCUCCUCAUGUACUAAUAAUAAACACGACGCGCACACGCGAUCCUGGGGCGCGUCUGUGAAACGCCGCCGCUGCGGCAGCUCCGAUUGUACGAGCACGUCUCAUCAUGUCUUAUUUAUUGUACAUGUGACUUGUCAAGAACGCGAAUGUUUAACGCUACGGCCCGUUUGUCUGACUCCCUGUUUGUCAAUGUGUAUGGAAAUAAAAGAGUUGCAUCUGUCAAAUGUA